AAACGUGUAAAACAACCAUACCGUAUUCUGGUGGUAUCGGUGGGAAUUGGGUUUGAUACAUUCGAGACGUGUGCACAUUCGACUCGUCCCCUUUGUAUAGGUAGCGGUGGUGGGCAUUUCGUCUCGGAUUUGACUGGGAGGUUUGGUUGUUUUCGUUCCCUUACACACCGCACACGUCUCUACAUACACGUGGGUCAUCGUCGAGCCUCGUUCCUGUGCUGCAAAGCGCCAGUGCUUGGUAUUUCUUCUUCUACUAUCGGGCCAUGUGGGUCUUCUCCUCCACCUGUCGCUGUGGUGUGCGGCGCGUGAUACCGAGCUGGGUCGGUGCGACACGGAUGGCUGCUUCUACCGGUGCCAUCACGAAGGAUACUCCGCCAAACGGUAGAGCAGCCGGAAAGAACGUGUCCGGACCAAAAGUCAACGGGCGCUCCCGAUCGGAAACGCCAUCGUGGCAUCCGGGCACCGCAACCUUUUCAUCCUUGUCCGAUACGACUGUGACGAGCAAAAGCACAAUUGCUACCGGCACGGAUGGAUCCAGUACCUCCCCACGACUGCCGCAUCAUUCACAGCCGCUCGGAUUUCCCUUGCCGGAAGACGAACACGCCUGUAGUGUUUCCUUACCGACCUGGUCCGCAGUGGUGGGAUACGAAGAAGGCGAUCCAACCACCGUACAGGCCAUGAAAUGUGGCUAUCCACGAUUCGUCUACCAUCCCUACGUUCUCCAGCUUAUGGAGUACGUGCUGGAAACGCACGGACACCCACACGAGGAUUGUCUCGUUUUGCCGAGUGCGAAUGCCGCCAUUCGUUGCCGAUCCUUUCUACAACAAGCGGUAGAGAACAAACCGCCUCGUGUCGACAACGCUCUAUUGGAAAAAAUCGACGGGUGGCCAUCCGGUGGUGGAACCGGGGACUAUCGGAAUACGGACAUUCGUUUGGUACGUGUGGGUGCCGCGGACGUUCACGCCGUCAUCUUUCCGGCGGAAACGCUGGCGGGGACUCAAGCCAAGUCCUACUGGCAACAUGGUGGAGAAGUUGUAUCUUCCCGGCGGGCGGCCCGGUGCUUACACGAUCUCGGGGUCGGUUUGCAUUCCCGCAUCACGGAUGGGGCCUGGAUCUGCCACGACAUGAUGCCACAAUCCGACACCGCGCCCGACUACUUGCGCCGGCAAAUUGCCCGGUGGGCCAAAGUUCCCAGUGCCGAUUCGGUCUUCCUGGCGCCUUCCGGUAUGGCGAGUAUUUACACGGCACUGCGAUCCGCGCGGCGUUACCAAAUGGAAAAGGGGCCGAACGCCACGGGGGGUACUUCGAUCGUGUUUGGCUUUCCGUAUCUGGAUACCCUCAAGUUGUGUUCGCGUGACGAACUGUGUCCGGGUGGCGUCGAGUUCUUUGGACACGGCGAUGCGCAAGAUUUAGACAGUCUGGAACGUUUACUGCGAACCAAGGGCAAAAACGCGGUUUGUGCCGUAUUUACCGAAGUCCCGUCGAAUCCGCUUUUGCAGUGUCCCGAUUUGUACCGCCUCCGACAACUCGCGGACGAGUACGACUUUUUACUCGUCGUCGACGAUACCAUUUCCAAUUUUUUGAACAUUAACGUGCUCGAAUCCGGCUUGGCCGACGUGAUUUGUUCCAGUCUGACCAAACUUGUGUCGGGACGUGGUGAUGCCAUGGCGGGCAGUGUCGUGACGAACCCGCACACGGCUGGAGGACGUUGGAUGCAACGGGACUUGGCCCAAUACUACGACGAAACCUCGCACGGUGGGCUUUACGAAGGGGAUGCCUGUGCCAUGGUACAGAACUCGCAGGACUUUGUGUCGCGUAACGCGGUAAUUAAUGAAACGUCCGAAGCAUUGGCCAGUUGGUUUCAGCAGCACGGUGACGUCGAGAAGGUGUACUACCCCAAGCUGGUGUCGACCAGAGAUCAUUAUGAAGCUGUUCGGUCGGGUGGUUACGGUGGACUCAUGAGUGUGGUGUUGGAACCACAUAUGUGCCAACGCACCUUUUACGACGCCUUGAAUGUCGCCAAGGGACCCUCCCUAGGCACCAAUUUUACGCUCGUCUGCCCCUACACCUUGCUUGCACACUAUCACGAACUAGAUUUCGCCAUGUCCUAUAAUGUUCAACCCAAUCUACUGCGUAUUGCGGUUGGCCUGGAACCGCUCGAAGUCUUGCAGGACAAGUUUGAAGAGGCCUUCACGAAAAGUCGACUGCAUCCGAAACUUGACAUUUAG